AUGGUAGCACGGGAGCAAGCCACGGAGAUGCAGGAAGGUUCUUGUAACGAGUUGACGGUGCGGGAAGGCGCUUGUAACGAGUUGACGGUGCAGGAAGGUGCUUGUAACGAGUUGACGGUGCAGGAAGGUGCUUGUAACGAGUUGACGGUGCAGGAAGGCGCUUGUAACGAGUUGACGGUGCAUGAAGGCGCUUGUAACGAGUUGACGGUGCAGGAAGGUGCUUGUAACGAGUUGACGGUGCAGAGAGGUGCUUGUAACGGGCUGACAGCGCACGAAGGUUCUUGUAACGGGCCAAUAGUGCAGGAAGGUGCUUGUGACGGGUUUAUAUUGCAGGAUGACCCAUGUAACGGGCUGGCAGUGCGUGAAGGUUCCUGUAACGGACUAACAGCACAGGAAGGCAGCGGUACUGCAGGCGGGGCAGCAGCGGAGAGCAGUGCGUUCAGAGCAUUGGAGGCGGAGGAGGUGCGGCGGCAGGGCCAUGGUAUGGUGGAUUUCAUUGCGGACUACCUGCAAGGCAUCGAGGACAGACCCGUGUGCAGCACUGUGCAGCCGGGCUAUCUGCGGCCUCUACUGCCCGCCCACGCCCCCGAGCAUGGCGAACCGCUGGAAGACAUUCUCUCAGACAUAUCGAGCGCCAUCCUGCCAGGCCUAACGCACUGGCAGAGCCCUCGUUUCUUCGCAUUCUUCUCGUCGCCCACCAGCGCUGCCGCCAUCUGCGCUGACGCCCUCAUCAGCGCCCUCAACGUGGUCGGCUUCUCCUGGGCCGCUGCCCCUGCUGCCACGGAGCUGGAGGAGAUUGUCAUGGACUGGAUGGUGGACCUGCUGGGGCUUCCAGAUGGGUUCCACUCAGUGAAGUCAGGCAGGCAGGGAGGGGGCGUGAUUCACGGCACGGCCAGUGAGGCGCUGCUGGUGGCGCUGCUGGCCGCCAGGCGGAGAGCCCUCGACCGCGUGGUGGGGCACUCUGGCAGUACGGAGGAACCCGCAGCAGCGGCAGCAGCAGCAGGAGCAGCAGUAGCAGGCAGCAGGCAGGGUGCUCAGGAGAAGAAACUCGCAGCCGAGGGGCGGCUUAUAGCGCAUCUUAACGAGGUGGAGAGCAGGCUUAUACGGAGGAUACUCUCAACACGGAAUGGCAGGCAGGGCUGCUGUAGGAACGCAGGGGUGACAGAGGACGAACGGGCGGCAGUGGAGGGAGGCAAUGGCGGUACCACCGGCGCUGCUGGUGUGGGAGUGCGGGGCGAGUCUGCUCCCACGUUCCCAUGGGGCAGCGUGGAGGACAGGGCAGCGCAGCGGCUGGUGGCAUAUGUGUCGGACCAGACGCAUGCAUGUGCUCUCAAGGCAUGCCGUGUGGCCGGCAUGCCCGAGGGCAACGUGCGCGUGCUUCCCACCACUGCUGCAUCGGCUUAUGCUCUCACUCCCCGCCAGCUGUUGGAUGCGGUGCAGAGGGAUGAAGCUGCCGGCCUCAUUCCCUUCUUCCUCGUGCUCACUGUGAGUGGAAGUUGCCUCGCAACGGAGCGCCACCACGUGGUGGAUUACAAGGACUGGGAGAUCCCCAUUGGCCGCCGCUUCAGGUCGCUGAAGCUGUGGAUGGUGCUGCGCUCGUACGGGGCGGAGGGCAUCCGUGCUUACAUCAGGCGCCACGUGGCACUUGCUGAGUCGUUCGAGGAGGCCGUGCGGCAGGAUGAGCGGUUCCAACUGAUGGCACCACGCUCCUUCGCCCUCGUCUGCUUCCGCCUCAAGCCGCCACCACCACGCGCACACAGUGGGGUUGUAUGCGGAGGGCCGGGCGAGGGGGUGGUGGGCGAUGGCAGUGUGGAUGCAGGGAGGGAGGUGAACAUGGCACUAUUAGAGGCGAUUAACAGCAGCGGGCAGGCGUACCUCACACACACUGUGCUAUCAGGGCAUUACACACUGCGCAUGGCAAUAGGGGCGGUCAAGACAGAGAUGGCGCAUGUGCAGGCGGCGUGGAGGCUCAUCCAAACAAAAGCUUCUGAGUUGCUGGAGGAGGUCAAAUUUACCGUCACCCCCGGAAUAAGCCCCGAUGGGGGGGUAUAA